GGCGAGCGGCUCCUUGGCACUGUCGGAGAGCGGGAAGGACGGAGCGAGAGGGAGGGUGCCAGUGCCAGGGAAGGUGACGGGAGGAAGAACUUUUUGGCUUUGACGGUUUAUUUUUUCGCUUCGGACAACGAGAAGGCCAUGUGAAAGAUGGUUCCCAGCUGGCUUUAUCCACUCCUACUGGUGACUUCGUGUUGCACUAACAUCCAGGCAAAGAGACUCUAUACCUGGCCAUGGGAGUCCGUUGAUAACUGGACCCCGCUUGACCUCUUAAAAUGGGGUCAUGCUGUGGCACCGCGGACCCCGGACUGCUUGGAUUCGGCCCCAAUCCAGACGGGAGACGGAAGCACAGAUACCAUGACAGUCACGUGGUGCCGCAUGACAGGCAGCCAGUGCAACUUACUCUGUCAUGGCGUCAGACACUCUUUCUAUCACGUCACGAAUGACACUUGCGUCUGCACGAAGGAAUCUCAGGGGAAUUCCAGUGCGGUCGACGGCACCUUAGAACUGGCCAUUUGCUGGGAUUACUACCACCUUGGCUACACUGUGCCUGGACGCUAUGAGACGGAGAAGAAGGACCUGCCCUGUGACACGGAAGACCGAGGUAUGUGCGAAGGGAGCCUCUUCCACGGGUCCUCCAUUCUGCUCUCCAACAUGACCCAGUCUGACCCCGACCCGGCCUUCGUCUCCAUGAUCAAUGACCUUUCACCUUACAUCUUCCCUCCAACGCCUUUCUACACUUCGGUUGACGGGCUUAUCGAGAUCCACUUCGAGCAGCCGGUCCUCGUGCACGGCGUAAGCAUCUACGGCGAGGCGGAUUCGCAGUUUGCCGUGUCAUCGUUCCAGAUUUACUACGCUUAUGACCGUGUACAACGUGACGAACUUCGUAGAUUCGUAGGAUACUUCUAUGAAGAGGAAUAUGGUGAGGUAACAACACUAUACACAGGUUUCGUUCCACCUGAUAUAACAACGAAGUUCUCCAAUGGGACCACCACGACUACAACGACCACUUCCACCACUACGUCGACUACAACGACCACUACGACCACUACACGACCUCCUAGUACGACGACCACCGCCCCUUCUUAUGAAUUUCCUGAUCCUCCUUUGGUCAUGCAUCAUCAACUUCGUCCUUUUGUGGCUACUUCGGUCAAGAUAAAAUUGUUGGAGACGCCUGUGCAACUGAAAUUGGACAUGUGGGGCUGCAAAUACGACCCCGAGGUGGAUGCAGGACACGCGGUCGGCAAACAUUACGGGUGCUAUUGGUUCAGGACAGACCAGCUCACCGGAAGCUCCGUGAAGAGCGGCUUUAACGUGGCAGAGUAUGCUCGUUACUAUAGUAGAAUAGAACUGGUGCACGACCUCUACCUGACCUCCAUCAUCAAGGACCCACCUGUCGGGAAGGCGACGUCGGCUGACCACUGCAGGAAGAAGCUCUCUUGCCAGCUUCUCAAAACGUUGCUCAUUAAUUCGGGAAGGAGGUAUGAAUGCAAAAAGAAGGAAAUAGAAGAUGAGAUAAAGAAGAGACUUGGCGCCAAAAUUGAAGAUGAAGCCAAAGACGACCACGAUGACUGUGUCCGAAUCACUAAGAAUCGGAUUGAUAACUGCACACAAUAUAUAGAGUACAACUUCCACAAGGUAUGCCCGGACGAAACCUACGACUUGUACAAGUGGGCGUAUGAGCAUUUCGUCGACGCCCUCGAAAAAUGCCCUGGGAACGUCCAAGACGAGAUCGCCGACAUCAGGACAGAGACCUCGAAAUGCAAGAACGAAGAACCCGGCCCGUACACGCCAGCGUUCGCGUACCACCAGAGGCACUUGGAUGUGGACUGCAAGACGACCUUCGUUGACCUUGCCAAGGGGUUGUAUCCGAAUCAGACCUUUAACUUUUAUCAGGCUAUGCCCCAGGUGGGAGGAGGGGAGCGCCUCGUGGUGGGGAGGAACAUAACACUGUCUUGCCUCUGUCCCAUGAAGACUGCGACGCCCAACAACAACGACUAUGUUAUGUGUCUUCCCGAUUUCACCUAUUACUACCAGUCUUUCCUCGGAUGCUGGGACCGCGAAUGCAACACAAGCCUCCUGCACCCCGUUCCUGCACUCGGGUCUUGGAACUGGCUAGGUGGGAGAGCUCUUACCAACACCAAGAUCACUUACACCUGUAAUACGUGGGCGCUCUUCAAGGACCUGUGGAUACCAUCACUCACCACAAGGUGCAAAUGUGAUGAGACGUGGUCACUAGCUUCACUACCAGAAUGUGUGAACGUCAGCACGACCCCUGUCCCCCCAACAACGACUACAACGAUCUUCUCCACGACCUCUUCCACGAUCUCAACGACUUCGACGACCACAAUCGAACCGACGACGACCAACAUCACAUUCACCACCACGAACAUCACCACCACCACGGAUGACGUCACGGAAAGUACGACCAACACGACCUUCACCACGGAUGACGUCACGGAUAGUACGACCAACACGACCUUUACAACGAAUAACGUCACAGCCACGACCACAGACACGACAGACAUCACACAGACAACAGAAAAGGAAAUUACAGGAACAGCUUCUGAAAGUAAGUUUAAUUUUUUUCUCUCUCUCUUCACCUUGACCUAAAAGUAAC